UGCAAAUUGUCUAUUCAGAUUUUUAUCUUCAUUGGUUCAUGUUUCACGCUACUUUAGAAAAGGAACAGAGACUGUUGGCAAGUGAGAUGAGUUGACAUCAAAAAGAAAAGGCCAUCCUUGGUAGUUGAUUCUAAAAGCAGCAGUACAAAGUUACCAAUCACAGAUUACCACAGAUACUGGUAUUACCAUAGACAUGGAAGUUCAGAAAAUAAAACAGGAAGUUGAUGAAAGUAACUACAAUUGCAGUGUACAGCACCAGUCUGUACAACACACACCCCUCAGGGAGAAUAUUGUCUGUAAAGUCAAGGAUGAGGUUGGUAGCAUUUGUACAGUCUACAUGCAAGAGGAAGACAAUACGGAGAAAGACACUGAAAGUUGUACAAAUAGUCCAAACAUUCCCCAGCAAGCAUUAGAACAACAAAAUGAAAAGUCGUCAAUAGUUUAUAACAAUGUUGAAAGCAGUGAGGCUAAUAUGUCACCAGAGACUGUGGAUGUUGAUUCUAAGGAAGAACAAAUAGUUCAGGCAGAUGACAUAAAACUUAUGCAGGAUCAACACAAAGAGGUUCCACAGGUUCCAAACUACCAACCAAACCUAAAUACUGUUACAAACUAUCCUGGACUGUAUAUUCCAAUAGUUCCAUCAUUUUCAAUCCACCCAAUGUCAAACUCUCUGUUGUUACCUCCUGUCACUUAUCCUCAGCAGAUGGAUACACAUUUAAUUGGAAAUCAGUUACAAAAUUCAGAGCAAUCUCAAAAUUCUUCUAUGAUAUUUUCUACCACUGCUGCCCAGGAGAUGCAUACAAAUGUAAUAGGAAACCAGUUGCAAAAUACUCAGCAACUUGAAAACUCUGUGUUAUUAACUCCCAACACUGGUUCUCAACGGAAACACAAAAAUGCAAAAGUAAACCAAUCAAAAAAUUCUCAGCAAUCAAAAACGUUUGCUGUGGUAAGCAAUGCAGUCAGAAAAAUUGUACAAGGUCAGGAGUCAUCAGACGCUGAAAAACAUCUUCAAUGUAAAAUCUGUGGAAAACUUUACAAAUUAUCGUAUCCCUUUAUAAAUCAUAUGUUUAAGGUACAUAAUAUUGAUGUAAGUGCAAACUUUGAAAAAACAAAUGAGAAGUUUUCCUUGUUCUGUGACACAUGCAACAAAGGUUUCAAAUACAAAAGUGAUUUGGAGAGACACCAUGAUACACAUAUGGAUGACAGACUGUACGAGUGUGAAAUAUGUAAUAUAACAUACAAAUCCAAGAGCAAUUUAACAGAUCACAUGAAGAUCAAACAUUGUGAUACCGCAAAAUAUACCUGUGCAGUAUGCUCUUUAACAUUCCCGUCAAAAUGGAAGUACGAAAUGCAUCUGGUUUCCCAUAGCGAUGCUAAAAAUUUUGUAUGUAACCAGUGUGGUAAAGAGUACAAGUAUUUCCAUACUUUAGCUGAUCACCUAAAAAAACAUGUCAAUGAAAAUUCAAAUUUGUGUCAAUUCUGUGGUCAAGGAUUUAAAUCUAGAGGUCAACUUAAACAUCAUAUGAAAGAAAAAUUUGGUGAUGAGAUUCACACUAAAGUCAUAGAAUGCCAUGAUUGUCAAGUCUGCGGCAAGAAUUUUCUGACGGGUAAAAAUUUAAGGAGACACAUGAUUUCCCAUACUGAUGAGAGAAACUAUGAAUGUACGGUGUGUGGACAGAAAUUCAAGCAGGGAGCCCAUCUCAAAGGUCACAUGGGAAUCCAUGAGAGAGAAGAAGAAAAGAAAAGAAAAACAGAAAUCAUUGUUCCUAAAAUUAUAACAUGCGAAAAAUGUCGUAGUGAAUUCAAAACACAACAAGAAUUUAUAGAUCAUUUGAAAGAAACAGCAUAUGAUUUAGUUCAUUCUAAACCAAAAGAUAAUACUUGUAAAUUUUGUGUGAAUAGUCCUAGGUCAAAUUAUGAAUGGUAUACCCAUCAGCUUACUCAUACUGAUGGAAGGCCAUAUUUUUGUGGUAUAUGCGAUUCAGAAUUUAGAAUAGUAGAAAAGUAUAGAGAUCACAUGUGUUUUCAUCUGAAGUUUGAUAUAACUGAACAGGCUGACUUAUCGACAUUUGGCAAUGACAAUGAAAUUAAAUAUGUAUGUAAGGAGUGUCCUACACAAUUUCUGACCAGACAAUCUUUACAAUGUCAUAUAUUAGACAGUGGUGGUGAUAAUGUACAUUCAGUGCCAGAAUUCACAACUGUAUGUUUCCCAUGUACAAUUUGCAAAGCAAUAUUUGAGAGCAAGGAUGAUUUAGUAGGUCAUAAAAGUAUACAUGAAAAAAUGAGUAUAUUUCCAUGCAAAGAAUGUUAUCAAGAAUUUGAUUAUUAUUAUAAACUGAAAAAUCAUAUUAGUUUACAUCAUAAGAUUCAGAGUACAGAAACAUUUAAUUGCCAACUUUGCAAAUUUGAAUGUAAUAGUAAAAGAGAACUUAAAGUCCAUUUUGUGGAAUCCUCUGGGGAUGGACUGCAUACAAGAAACAACAGUUUUGUGUAUUCUAAUGAAGCUGUGGAAUGUGGAAUUUGUUUAAGGCAGUUCCGUUCAAAAUCUAGUCUAAAGGUUCACAUCACAGUAAAACAUAAGAAACCAAGUAGAAAGUCAAAGGCUGAUAAUAUUGAAUGUCCAUCUGAGGCUAGCUCGAUGGAUGGGAGUCUUCCAUCGGCAUCAUCGUCACUGAAUUCUACAGAUAUUGUUAUGAAAGAAACAAACCUAGAUAGUUUAUCUGAAGAAACUUCAAAUUCUGCAACUUCCUCAGCACUUACACAGGACAAAGAAAGAAAUCCUGGUGACAGUAGCUUACCUGAACCAUUACAAACUAUAUAUGCUGACAACUGUGCAAAAUCUUUUUCAUGCCAAAUAUGUAAGAAAAAGUAUAAAACUAAGAAUACUGUUAACACCCAUAUGAAGACUCACAACAAAAACUUCAAAUGUGACCUUUGUGAUAAAAAGUUUUACUACGAUAAACAGUUACAACAUCAUAUUGAUAACCAAUACCAGUGUAAAUUGUGUCCAGAAAGGUUUUGUAAAGUUUCACAUUUCCGGAAACAUCAUAAUGGGCACCGCAAUAACAAAGACUUACAAUGCCCACUUUGUCUAAAGAAAUUUUUAUACGAAUUAAAUCUUAAACGACAUAUAAGCUUGCAUUCUAAAUUUGAUACUGGUCCAUUUGAAUGUAAAAUUUGUAAAGCUACUUUUAAGAGGAAAGAUACAUAUUCUUAUCAUGUACGUGAUCACGAACACGGAAAACAAUUUUUAUGUCAUGCAUGUGGAAAACAAUUCUCUGUUUUACAAAAUCUAGUCUCUCAUGCAGCAACACAUGACCGUGUUCAUGGUAUUAAGAAGAAGUCAUUUAAAUGUGAAAAAUGUGAAAAAACCUAUGCCAAUAGAAAUGGUCUUAAUGUACACACUUUGUACAAACACACUGAUAAAAAGUUAAAGUGUAGAUAUUGCAGCAAAAUUAUGGCUAUUCCCAACACGUUGAAGCGUCAUGAGCUCCGUCAUACUGGUGUUAAAAAGUUUGAAUGUGAAUAUUGUGUUAAAAAGUUUUACACAAAAGAUUUAUUAAAGACCCAUAUUGUUGUACAUACUAAAGAGAGGCCAUUUAAAUGUCAGAUAUGUGAUAAAAGAUUUAGUCAAUUUAGUGCUCUUUCCAGACAUAAGAAAACUAUGCAUUAAAUAAUUAUUAGAUGAUGUGCAAGUGCAUUGAGUGAAAUGUAAUUUAAAAGAAUCAGAAAUCUUUUGUAAUCAUUCUAACUUUGUUUUACUGCCAAAACCCAAUCACGAGCAUUGAAUUACAUGCAUGCAUGUAUGGUCAGUUUAAAUUGUCAUAAACAAUCAGAACUCAUCAGAUGAAAUGCACACUAAUCAUGAAAGCUUUCAGGAAAUUGAAUGUAUGAAUGAAUUGUAUUACCAUGAUUACAUUGUAUAUAUUUGAACAAUACCUUGUUACAACAAUACCUUGUUACAAAAUUUGUACAUAUGCAUAGUCAAUGAUAAUAUUAUGUAUUAAAAUGAAUCAUUGUUCAUUUAGAUUUGAAUUAAGUGUGGUGAAGUAAUACCAGAUUGAUGUCACUAUGGUAGCAUUCAGCAUUCAUUUAAAAAAACAUAUUUUAACUCCACCAUAUGUUUUGUGUCAGGAACUCUUGUUAUACAUGUUAUAUGUAAAUGUUUGUAUGUCUGGCCAAAGUCAGGAACUUUGUCAUGCAGUGGUCAUCUUUUGUUAUAUAUGUAAAUGUUUUUGUCUUUUAAGAAUUUUUGGUCUUAAAUUUAUUCACAAUGACGAUAUAAAAGCUCAAUAGAGCUUAUGUUUUCUGUAUAAUGAUCUCGUCUAUAAAUAAAGCUUUUGAACUUGAACUUGAACACAACUUUUAAGAUUGAUUGAUUGAUGCCUGCUUAGUUAACGUCUAGGGUGAUCUCCCUUACUAGUGACAAGAACACAACAUAAGUCAUGUUUGUGUCUAGAAAGCAGAUGUAUAACUUAUUUGAAUAAAUUUACUGAAAAACACACAACAGGUACAGUUAAUUGGUUUUUGUUUGUAGUUUUAUAAUGAUAAAUAGGGAAGGGCUUUUUGGAACCUAAUCUCUGAAUAGAACUUGUCUACUUUGAGAAUUUUUACUGAUUACAGAUUGAUUAAAGGUUUACAUUACAAGUUCACACUUUACAAUUGUUGCCAGGUUUAUGUUACAUGUGCGCUUCCUUUAAUGUGUGUACUGUUGUCAGUAAUAAUAAGUUAUAAACCGGUUGAUUUAAUGUUGUAAUAAUUUAAAAAGGGGGACACUCACGGGUAAUGCAUUCCCCCUAUUGAUGUUUCAGUAUGUGUGCACUGUUUAGAUAAAAGUCACUUGUAACUGAAUUCUUAUAAUGAUAGAUAGAAAUAAAUUUUAAGUAAUGUUGUGAGAGUCCGAUAUUAAAUUAUCUUUAGAUUUGUGAUAUUUAUUAUGCCCCUGCCAUAGCGGUGGGGGCAUUUAGUUUUACCCUUGUCCGUCUGUACGUACGUACGUACCUCUGUCCGUACGUCCCAAAAUUGGUUUCUGUUCUCUAACUUGAGUUUGCCUCAACCAAAUGUUAUGAAACUUAUACACAAUGCUUAUUACCACAAAACACAGAUCAAGUUUACAUUUUGGUUGCGUCACUUUAAUUGUUCUAGAGUUAUGCCCCUUUAUAAAUGGAAAAAUUGCAAAAUUUUUAGUUUCCGUUCUCUAACUUAAGUUUGCCUCAACCAAAUGUUAUGAAACUUAUACACAAUGCUUAUUACCACAAAACACAGACCAAAGUUGAAUUUUGGUAGCGUCACUUUAACCGUUCUAGAGUUAUGCCCCUUUAUAAAUGGAAAAAUUGCAAAAUUUUUAGUUUCCAUUCUCUAAUUUAAGUGUGCCACAACCAAAUGUUAUGAAAAUUAUACACAAUGCUUACUACCACAAAACACAGAUCAAGUUUGGAUUUUGGUGGCGUCACUUCAACCGUUCUAGAGUUAUGCUCCUUUAUAAAUGGAAAAAUUGCAAAAUUUUUAUUUUCUUCUAAAUAUCAAGUAAUUUUUAAAAUUGGAGUUAUCUUCCUUUGAGAAAGAUUAUAGUUGAAUCAACUACAAUCAAUACUUUAUACAAUGCAAUGUUUAAUUUUGACUUCCACUGAUAAAACACAGAUCAAGUUGAAUUUGGGUAGUGUCACUUUGACCAUUAUUGAGUUAUGCCCCUUUAUAAAUCGAAAGAUUGCAAAAUUUUUAGUUUCCAUUCUGUAACUUAAGUUUGCCCCAACCAAACAUUAUGAAACCUAUACACAAUAUUCAUUACCACAAAACUAAGAUCAAGUACAAAUUUUUUGUUUACGUUUUCUAACUUUAGUUUGCCUCAACCAAAUGUUAUAAACUUAUACACAAUGCUUAUUACUUCAUAAUACAGAUUAAGUAUGAAAUUUGGUGGCGACACUUUUACCAUUCUUGAGUUAUGUCCAUUUAUAAACAUAAAAAUUGCUGAAUUUUUUAGUUUGUCUCAACCAAAUAUUAUAAAACUUAUAUACAACUGUUCUAGAGUUAUGCAUGUUUAUAAAUAGAAAAAUUGCUGAAUUUUUAGUUUCUGUUCUCUACUUAAGUUAGCCUCAACCAAAUGUUAUGAGACUUACACACAAUGUUAUUACCACAAAACUCAGAUCAAGUUCAAAUUUGGGUAGCGUCACUUUUACCGUUCUUCAGUUAUGUCCCUUUAUAACUAUAUGAUAUGCAAGCGGGGGCAUCAUCUGUGUCCACAUGUGGACACUAUCCACAUUUAUUUUUUUAUUAAUCAGGUAUUUAAAAAGGUAAAAAGCUCGAGUUAUAGUUCUUCAAAAACGCCAUUCAUAAUGAUAAAAUAAAAAGAAUACAGUUAAUUAGGCUUGGCAUAUAUUAUAAUCAUCUGUCUAUUGUUAAAAUAAUUAAAAUGUAUGUUAAAAGAAAUCCAGAGAUUCACAUACAUUUUAAUUUUAUAGAUUACUCUCAGAUUUACAUGUAUCCCGUAUUUCCUAUUAUCUUACCUCCUAUACAUUUCUUGGAAUAUCAUUGGUUAAACAUUGAGAUGUAUUGCUGUAUAUAUCAUAGAACUUUAAGAUCAAUAGCUGUAUAACCAUGAUAACAAACAAAAAUUCAAAAUGAAUAGCUGUUUAACAAAAAUGUCAAGAUGAAUAGCUAUAACAAUUUUUUUUUAAGAUAAAUAGCUGUAUAUAUAACAAAAACACUUUAGGAUGAAUAGCUAUUACAAAUUUUGUUUUAAGAUAAAUAGCUAUAUACCAAAAAAAGUUUAAGAAUGAAUAGCUGUAAGUCAGGGACAGUCUAUACUAACAAUACUAGUAUAGACUGUCCCUGUGUAAGUGAAUAAAAUAAGUAAUCAAUUUUUAUGCUAUGGGAUAUCAACUUUUAUUUUCUUCUGAUUGUAUGGUCAUGGAAAUCCUUCAUUUUCACUUUAUGUGUACCUUGUAUAUAUGUUAUGUUUGUUUAAAUUUCUGUUUGAAAACUGAGAUUUUUUAUGUUCAUUAUCAAAUGAUUAUUGAGUCAAUUGAAAAUGCUGAUAUUGAAAGAUAAUCACAUUUCCUGAAAUGGUUAAUUAAUUGUUAUAUGUAACUGCUGUGUGUCACAAAUAUAUCAAAAAGUAUUUUCUUGUGGUGAAAAAUCAGUAAGAACAUGAAGAAGGCAGCUUUUUUUUGGUUUAAAAUUUGCAACUAUAACUGAAAGAACCCAGACCUAGGGAAUAAGAUGUAUCACCCAGUUUUACUUACAUGCCUAAUACGACAGGUGCCACAUGUGGAGCAGGAUCUGCUAACCCUUCAGGAGCACAUGAGGUCACCCCUGUUUUUGGUGGGGUUUCUGAUGCUCAGUCUUUAGUUUUCUUUGUUGUGUUUUGUAAACUGUUUUUUGUAUUUUGAUUUUUUUUCGUUUUUUGUCAUGGAGUUUUCAGUUUGUUUUUUCGCCUUAUGAGUUUGAAUGUCCCUUUGGUAGCUUUCAUCUCUCUUUUUCAAACAUUUUAGUUAUAAUUUGCACAUGUUCCCAUAGGCAGCACAUGAUGAUGUCAUCUGUUUUCAUGAAAAUAACAAAAAUCACUUGUAAACGAAAAGGUGUGUUUGCACAUUAUUUGAGAAAAAUUUAUGCUUUUAAGAUGGAUAUUUCAUCCGAUAUUUAGAUCGAGCUACUCAGAUAGGUAUAAAAAAUUCAUAAGUAAUAAUAUCAUCAAUAUAUAAAUAUACACAUGAUACAUGAGAAGUAAAACAUUUUGUACUCAGUUUGCAGAUAUGUUUAUUGUUGUAAAAAUUGUGAUAAAUUUACAACAUGCUACUUACUAAGUAAGAUAAAACAAUAUUAAUGUAUAUAUUUAUGGCAUAUUUAUUCCAAAUACAAUGUUAUGUAUUUUUCUGUAUUGCAUGGUUUAUAUAUAAAUUAUUACAAUGUACCCCUUUAACUUAGAUGUAACUUAAAGUUCCAUUCAAUUCUAUCCAGAUGACAUUUAAUAGUCCCAAAAACCAUUAGAUUCUUGAAAAAUUCUAUAUUAAUUGAUUUUAAUGACAUGAAAGAAGGUUGUGAGCAUACAAAAAUAUUCAAAAAUUUAGAAUGAACAGAAAGUAAAUUUUGAUGUAAUGGGAGCUUUUGUCGUCAUUUAAAGCCUAGUGAUCAUAGGUUUACCAUGGGUCCCAGCUGUGCAUAACUUUAAGAAAGCAUUCUUAAUGGGUUCACUUUGACAUUAGUGAUUAUUUUCCUUGCUAAUCAACCACCAUUGUCUUGUAUAGUAGUGGUAUUGAUCAGUUAAUACAAGAUACUUUCAAGUUUCAUUUAAGGUUAUAAACUUAUGACCAAUUUACAGUCUUUUUAAUGCAUUAUGAACAAUCCAUUAUCAGUCUCUAUUGUCAGGUUUGGUAUGGUUACCUGUAUCCAGUGUCUUGCAAUCAUCUUUGAGUAUAUCUGAAAAUGUUAAUCACAGUAACAUAUAGGUGCAAAUCAAAACUAUCUGUAUACAUUUAUUUCUGUUAUUCAGCAGAAGUUGUUUGAUUGGGGUUAGUUCCUAUGUGAUAUUCAUGACAGAUUAAUGAUAUUUGAUAUGUGGAUUUUCUGUGAAGAGGUUAGAUGUUAUGGCUGUGAUCUUAUUUUCUAUACUGUGGUAGUUUUUUCAAUAAGUAUGCAUGAUCUGAUGAUAGAUCAACAAUUAUGAGUGUGUUAAGUUGUAAUCAAACAUUGUUUGUUUCGUAUAUGUGAUUUGACCAUGACCCAAUUUUCACUUUGUAAAGUUUGAAAUUAGGUCUAUAUUUAAGAAAAUAAACAGUAGAUCUGCA